CGAGGACCGGGGGGAUGUGGGGGUUCGUUUCGCUGUUGAUGCUGGUGGUGGUGAUGAUGAUGGUGGUGGUGGUGGUGGUGGUGAUGACGGCGGGCCGGAGAGUAGUUGGGAGGAUAUUGCGGCGGGGUUUGGGUCGAGGUUUGGGGAUGGGGAUGGUGGUAACGGGAAUGGGGGUGGUGAUAAUGGGGAUGGGGGUAGUAGUGAUGACGGGGGGUCGUUGGUUGCGGAUUGGGUGCUGUUGUUGGGGGAUUGAGUGAGUGAGUGGUUGGGUUGGGGAUGGCGGUGAUGAGGAUGGGAAUGGUGGGGUUGAGGUUGGGGAGGGUCGGUCGAUGGUGUUUUGGCAUUGAACGGGACUUUUGAUGGGGGGGUUCGUAUCGGGCCGGGUCGGGUUUGGAAGGGGGCAAAGGACACAGCGCUCGAGAUACGCCGGCCUUGACGGCUUGUGUUUUAGUAUGGUCUGGUUUAGAACAGCGAAUUGUUACGAAUAUUAUUCGUGCUUGUGAUGAA